GUUCAAUUCAAUUUCUUGAACAGUACAAGUCACCAAAUCUUGACGAUUGAAUUAAAUCAGUUACCAUUCUCGGAAUAAUUUUCAAAGUGAAUCAAUCAUGAAAUUAUCUUCGUACCUUCGUGCUAAUCAAGUGAAACUGAUUAAAUCUUGGUUUUGUCUCAUGUCUUUCAUGGGUCUCGGCGGUUGUUGUACUCUUCUUGGUUCAUCUUUACUCGAUCUUCAGAUCCGAAUGAGUGAAUCAUUUUCGGUGACUUCUAAUUUGGUUCCAAGCCGUUCAAUUGGUUAUCUAAUUGGUGGAAUACUUUCCGGUAUAAUUGACCUUUGGCUCGGACCCAACAUGAUUCUGUUUAUAACCAAUUUCACCGCCGGUCUUUUCAUUGCUCUGGCUCCUUGGUUUAAAUCAUUUUAUGUUGUUUAUUCAUUUUUCCUCCUAUCGGGUAUAUCCCAGGGAAUUUUUGACAUUACUUGUAAUACUUAUAUCCUUAAAAUUUGGCAAGGGAAUCCACAAUUAAGUAAUUAUAUCCAAGUUUUACAUGGGUCAUUUGGAUUAGGGUCACUCCUUACACCUUUAAUUACUCAACCUUUCCUGUUACCUUUAAGUGACCAAGGGUCAACAGAGCCAACAAUCAACGGAACCACUGAUGAUUUAGCCCUUUUGGGUGAUUACAAACCUGAUGAUGUUUUAAUUCAAUAUCCAUUCAUGGUGAUUGGAUUAUUUUUAAUCACUGCUUCAAUUGGAUUUCUCACCUUCCAUCUGAAUGAAAGGUCAAACUCAUCGGGUGGCGAAUCCCAUUAUGAGAUAAACAGUCAAAUCGAUGAACCAUCAAGAACGAAAAAAUUUAUUGGAAUUGCCAUGUUAUCCCUUAUUGCUAAUUUAACUUUCGGAAUUCAAACAUUAAUUGGUUCAUUGGGUCCAGCAUUUGCCGUAAAAUCUGAUCUUCAUAUGAGUAAAUCAAAUGGCGCAACAUUGGUCACCGUUUUCUGGACAGUGUUCACCUGUUAUCGGGUUAUCUUCAUUGUCUCAUCAAAUUUUAUCCCUGAACACAUUUUGAUGUGGGUCAGUUAUGCCUCUCUAGGGGCUAGUAUUGUGGUCAGUGUUCCUCAUGCAGCCUACAAUCAACUGUCCAUUUGGAUCUCAAUGAUUCUCCUUGGAAUUGGAUUUUCCCCUUUAUUUACCGUUUCAUUGGGUCGACUUCAGAAAUAUUUCUUGCUUUCCAAUAGUUUAGCUUCAUUCAUCUUCAUCAAUGGUUCCGUCGGUGAAUCGAUUCACCCUUGGGUCGCAUCUAAAUUAAUGGAACUCAGUCCGGUCACUUUUGUCUAUUAUCUCGGAUUUCUUUGUGGCCUUUUCGUUAUCGUUUGCGCACUUUUGCCCUUCGUUUGCAAAAGGAUCUUUCGAUCGGUUAAACAACGGCCUAACCUACGAACCGCUUCAAUACUUUCAUCCACAAGAUAAUCACAAUCAACCAACUCAACAUCGAAAACAUUUCACACAAUUUAGAUCAAUAACUUUCUCAAUUACAACUAUUAGAAUAACUGUAAUUAAUCAUAUUCUUUGAUUAACCUUCAGUCAAGUUGAACUAAUCAGUUAAUCAAACAUUCAUCAAAGGAACAACUAAUAAUUGGAAUCGCAAAUUUUUUCUUCCAUUUCAAUAUUAUCAUUAAUUUCUCGAAAAAAAAUAUUAAUCUUCAAUGUCCAGUUGUGUAUUAAUGGUCAUUUGGAAGACAAAAUCUCUUCCCACCCAAUCAUCUAAACUCACCUUUGAAAUGUUCCAAUCGAUUCAAGUUACCUAGAAACCCAUUAACUUUUUAUACUCACUUUUAAUCAUAACAAAUUGUUAAUAUAACUGUAAUUUUAUUGUCAAUAUUGUGUAUCAUUUAUAUGAUCAAAAAAGGGACACAUUGAAAAUCAAUAAUUAAAACUUGCUACUUGUUAUUGAUCAUUGUCAAAGUGAAAUCAGUUGAAGUGACAACAACAAUCAGUGAAACAGAAAUUAGGUCAAUCUAAUUGUCCAGCAAAAACGGACACUCAAUUGAUGCCAAACAUUUAGAUUGAUAUUAGUUUGUUGAUUGUUUUUUCCCAUUGAGAUUUGUAUCUGCAUCCAUUGAUUAUGAUUAAGUUAAUUGCUCCUCAUGGUCAAUAGUAAUUCAAUGUCUUGUUUCUGUCUAAGUGUCACCCUCUCUUUGGCGGGUAUUUGUUUCACCGUCGCCGGGACAAUUAUCAUUUAUUUUCAAGCUUCAACUGAUUCACAAUUAGCUGAUGUUUGGCUCUUAUUGGUAAUUUUACUCGCAAUUGGUUCUGGAUUAACAAUUAUCGGAACAAUUUGUGGCUCAUUUACUUAUUGUUGUAAAGGUUCAAAUGAUUCAAACAAAGUUAAUUCAUCAACGAAACGAGCUUGGUCC